UGCCCUACAGGCUCUUCUUGAUUCCUGCGGUGACUCCGGCAGUGUUGCUCAACCUACUGAGUGUGUACAAUAAUAGGUGUUUACAGGGGGCCAAAAUGGCAAAAAGAAGCUGACAGUGGGAAUCUGUGAUUAUGUUCUGAGAGGAGAAGAGAGACACCAGGGAUGGAUAAAGAUGGCGGAAAGCCAAAGACCUAUGUGUCUACUUUCCGCUUGGCCCUCAAGCCUCAAUCCAGAACUUUCUGUGUGGGGAAGAAGAAAGAGGAUGGACUGGAUAACAGGACGUCAAUGGGAAACAACAAACUGGGAGUCUCAUCUGCAACAGAGUCCAAACUGACACCUGUGCAGACGCUUGAAACGCCUCACUUCAAACAACCACUCAGUGACAGCGCAGUAUGUGAAGGAAGUGAUGCGGUUUUUCAAAGUGUUAUCACAGGAAGUCGACCUCUGAGCAUUUCCUGGCAACACAAUGGUGAGAUGGUGCACUCAAGUAAAACUUCCUUCAGAAACGGUGUUGCCAGUCUGGCUCUGACUCAGUGUUCACCUGGAGAUGCUGGGACGUAUACCUGCAUAGCUGAGAACACUGCUGGGAAACAGUCAAGCAGUGCUGUGUUACAUAUCACAGCAACAAAGGAAAUCCCCAGAACAAGCAACCAUGAGUUGCACAGUGAGGUCACAUUCAAGGCUGCGUUUGCCGAAAACAUUCAAUUGUCUUCAGCUUCUAAAGAAAAAAGCCGACACAGAGAAGAAGACAACAAAGUUUCCACAGCUAUCAGAGAUAUCAACCUUCAAGCAAAAGUCUCCACAAGCAAAGGGCCUCCUGUGGAGUUUGUAGAGCCUCCAGAGCAGGUGGAGGUUCGAGUUGGAGAGCAGGCCCGACUACACUGUGAGUUCAGGAGCAGCUCUGUCCCCGUGGCCUGCUGCUGGGUUUACAACAAAGACAAGGUGGUGGUAGGAGGGCCCAGGAUAUCAGUCCGGAGCAGUGAGACACAAACUGGUGUGGAGAUCUCUCAGGCCUGUCCAGAAGACAACGGCUCGUACACCGUCAUAGCACGAAACAGAAGAGGCUCUGCCCAGCAUACCGUCUCCCUCAGUGUCAUAGACCGGCCCGACCCACCGGCAUCCCAUCCUGUUGUUUCCCAGCUGUCCACUCAGUCCCUGGUCCUGUCCUGGACUGGUCCCAGUUACGACGGAGGCACAGCAGUGCUGGGCUACAAAGUGGAGGUCAGACAAGAGGACCUGGACACCUGGACCGAAUUGACAAGCCGGUGUAAAAACACAUCCUACCACGUCCGCUCAGGGCUGGAGCCUCUGGGGCAGUACCGCUUCCGCGUCCGAGCCUACAACUCAGCGGGGGUCAGCGAGCCGAGCCAGGAGUCUGGGCGUGUCAAGAUGGAGACUGCAAAAGAAAAAAAGAAGGAAGUGUCUGAGUCGUACAUCACAGUGACCAUCGACACCAAACACAAGGCCAAGGACCACUACAAUGUGCUUGAGAAGCUGGGAGUUGGGAAGUUUGCCCAGGUGUACCGAAUGUCCCACAAAGACACGGAUCAGGUGGUUGCAGGGAAGUUCUACCGAGGCCGAACCUCAAAGGACAGGACGGCGGCUCGCAAAGAGAUCGAACUCAUGAACAGUCUUCACCACCCAAAACUGGUCCAGUGUUUGGCUGCCUAUGAAACACGCCCCGAGAUGGUCAUGGUCAUGGAGUAUAUUGCAGGCGGGGAGCUCUUUGAACGCAUCGUGGACGACAACUUUGAGCACACAGAGCCCACCAGUGCCCGCUACAUGCAGCAGAUCCUGGAGGGCAUGCAGUACGUUCACAAGCAGAACAUCGUCCACCUGGACCUCAAACCAGAGAACAUCGUCUGUGUGGACACGACCGGUACACGGAUCAAGAUCAUCGACUUCGGCCUGGCUAGUGAACUGGAGGAGGGUAAACCUCUGAUGGUGAUGCAUGGGACGCCGGAGUUUGUGGCCCCCGAGGUAAUCAGCUUUGAUUCUGUGGGCCUGGAGACGGACAUGUGGAGCAUCGGAGUCAUCUGCUUCAUCCUGCUCAGUGGAGAAUCACCCUUCCAGGGGAACAACGACGCUGAGACUUUGGCUCUCGUGACUGCUGCUUGCUUUGAGUUUGACCAGGAGAGUUUUGAGGACAUCUCUGAUGAAGCUAAAGACUUCAUCAACUCCAUGCUGAAGAAAGACCGGAGAUGCAGGUUGUCCUGUACCGAGGCCCUCGCCCACCCCUGGAUGGCCUCUUUUACCGUGCUGAGCCGCAGACCCACCAAGACACUCAAUAAGGGGAAGAUUAAACGCUUUCUGGCCAAGCGCAAGUGGAAGAAAGCUGGCAAGGCUGUUUUGGCCCUACAGCGGAUGGCUAAUCUCUCUAACAGGCCAGACUCUCCUGGCAGCUCCUCAGAGGAGCCAGGCUGGAGCCAAGAGGCAGAGGAGGCCAUCCAGUCGCUGGAUAAGCAGCUUCAGAGUGAACCUCGCUUCCAGCGGGCCCUGAAGGACGCCACCCUCCCCAAAGGAGCAACAGCUCAGCUAACGUGCCUCGUCAAUGGUUACCCGCAGCCGGAGGUGAAGUGGCUUCAGAACGAGAAGCCGGUGUCUGCAUCGGGCAGAGUGACUGUGGAGCAACAUGAAGACGGGCUCUGCUCUCUGGUUCUGGCUGAUCUGGAGCCCUCUGACUCGGGGGUUUAUGUGUGCAGGGCCGGCAACAAGCUUGGGGAGGCAAUGUGCUCCGCCAAACUGAAAGUGGAGAUGUGACUUUGGAGAAAACAAGUUUCCUUCAUUUGGAAGGAGACUCUUCAGAAGUAGACUGAUGUGAACGGUUCGACAACGCCGGGACUUUAUGACACGUCAGUACACAGAUGGACAGUUAUUCACUGCCACACAAAAGGCUGCUUACACAUACUUUCAAGGCAAAAAGGGUUGUGUUGUCUUCUAUACACGCAUACCAAGAGCCCUAUUCUCUCACAAGCCACCAGUUACUAGUGCACUUACUAAGUCUGUAUUCUUUUAAUGUGUCGUUAGCAUGUUCAAAUACCAAUGCACAUGGGUUUGUUGCACUGAAACAAGGUGAUAUCAUGUUACUGUGGCUGAGCUCAGCACCGUUCACACAAGUCACAUUUUGCACAUUUAAAUGUCGUUCAAAUGCAAAUGUUUUUUAAAGCAUUACUAUUAAAGGCUGAAUUCUAGAAAAGAAAAA